AUGCCAGCAUCAAUAUUCCGUGCUAUGACUUCAAGAGGUCUGAAAACUGUUGCUACUCAAGCGCCAUCUAGGUUCAAAGCCCGCAAGGCUGCCAUGACACUGACUCCCGCAGCCGUAGAUCGGUUACGUCGUUUGAUUGAUGGACCGAAUCCCAAGUUGAUUCGUGUGGCUGUGAAAAAUAAAGGAUGUGCUGGAUUAUCGUAUGACUUGGAAUAUACGAAAGAAAAAGGGAAAUUUGAUGAAGUCGUUACUCAGGAUGGAGUGACGCUUUUAAUCGAUUCAAAAUCUCUUUUCAAGAUGAUUGGGUCUGAGAUGGAUUAUGUUGAAGACAAGCUAUCCUCUAAAUUUGUCUUUAACAAUCCGAACGUCAAAGAAGCUUGCGGAUGCGCUCUGAUUCCCCCAGAGAUGUGGGGUUACCCGUCAUGGAUCGAUCAGACGAAAGCGGCUCAGGCUCGGGUGCAAAUGUCAAAUGAUGGUGGUGUUCCAUACGGAGGAUUAGAGUCGUAUUAUCACAUGUGUCGUUUUAAUUCUGGGUUUUUCUUUCGCCACCCCCUCCUGCAAGAGUACGACUAUUACUGGCGCGUUGAGCCUCACGUUGAAUUCUAUUGUGAUAUUGACUAUGAUCCAUUCGCCUUCAUACAAAAGCAUAACAUUUCAUAUGGAUUCACAAUAUCCCUAAAAGAGCGACCGAAAACUAUUCCGACUUUGUGGCAACAUGUCAGGCAGUUUGUCGAGGAUAAUCCGCAAUAUCUUCCGACUCACAAUUCCGCAACGUUUAUAUCAGACAACGAUUUGACAAGCUAUAAUUUCAAUUUUGAAAUUGGAGAUCUACGGUUUUAUAGGAGCGAAGCAUACUUAAAGUUCUUUGAGUAUUUGGAUAGGGCCGGAGGGUUCUUUUACGAACGAUGGGGAGACGCGCCAAUCCAUUCUAUCGCGGCAUCUCUUUUUCUAAAUCAAUCCGAGUUGCAUUUCUUUAAUGACAUCGGUUAUAGACAUGGGCAUAUAGAGCACUGCCCACCUGAACGAGAAGUUUACGAAGCUGGCAACUGUCGAUGUAAUCCUAAAAGCAAUUUUGGUAAUAUAGAUUUACUAACACAUGAAUUAUAG